AUGGCCUUCAGUAUAUCAGGUUUAGACGCUCUUCUGCGCCGUCCAGAGCAAGAAAGCAUCUGGAGCCGCUUGCUCAGGGGCCCGGUGCCUGUUCUUGCGCAACUUGUUUACGCCCGAUUCGCUCAAACGCCCAUGCCCACGCACACUGAUGACGGCCCGACCAUCCGCGUCGUUUGCAUCUCAGACACCCACAACACCCAGCCUCCCCUACCAGACGGGGAUCUCCUCAUCCACGCAGGUGAUCUCACCCAGUCCGGGACUCAAGCCGAGCUAGAAGCACAGAUCGACUGGCUCGAUCGCCAGCCCCAUCGCUACAAGGUAGCGAUCGCUGGGAAUCACGAGCUGUGUCUGGAUCCCAACGCUCAAGCUAAAGCACCUGGUCGCAAUGAGCCAGUCGACUGGAAAUCGAUCCGGUAUCUGGAGAACUCAUCGACAAUCCUCGACUUUGGUUGCAGACGCGUCAAGAUAUUUGGGUCCCCGUACACCCCGCGGCACGGGAACUGGGCUUUCCAGUAUCCGCGUAAUGAGAAUAUUUGGGAUGAGAUACGGAUCCCGGAUGACAUUGAUAUUCUGAUUACGCAUGGUCCUCCGAAAACGCAUUUAGAUUUGGGACAGUAUGGUUGUAAAUUCCUCCGGGACUGGUUGUGGUCAGCCAAACAGAAGCCUUUCUUACAUGUGUUCGGUCAUGUCCAUGGGGCAUAUGGGAAGGAGACUCUGUGCUGGGACGAAUUUCAGCAAGCGUACGAGAGCAUCAUGGAUAAUGAAGCAAAGUGGAUGAAUUUGAUCUUGCUACUGUGGCAUGCACUUCUACUACUUAUACGCCCGAGGGAUCCAUGCGAAAGAACUGUGACGGUGAAUGCCGCUGCAGUUGGCGGACUCCGCGACGAAAAGAGCCGGGACGCUAUUUGUGUUGAUAUCUAA